AUGCUCUGUCUCGAAUGCGACCACCUCGCCACGUUCCAAGCCGGCGGGCAGAUGUGUAGAGGCACCAUCAAUUGGAAUAAACGGCCGCUGAAGAUCAUGUUGUUGCCAUUUCCAUAUCCGGACGUGGCAUAUCCCCCCAAGUCGCAGGAAGUCUUUUCUCUUGCUUGCGCGGACGGCGCGGCUCUGGGCGGAAUCCGCGAUGAGCACUGUACAGCGGAACUCAUCAACCCGUCUGGCUUCACCAGCAGAUGGAAGAAUCCUCACCAUUUCACCACGGAAUGGGCCAAUAUUUGGGGUCUAAGGAUAGAGGCAGGCCAGGUCCAGGGCGCCCUGUCAGCAACGCCCAGCAUUUUCAGGGGUCAACCCUCUGAACCAUUGGAAAACGAGAAUAGCUUUCCGUCCGGCAGCACUGGCCUUCGAAACGUGAAAACGGAGCACUUCGAAGAAGAUCAAGUUUAUGUUGGCGAAAAGGACCAGGUUCUUGUUAAAGAUGAAGACCAGACUCUUGUUGACGAAGAAAACCAUAUUUCGUUCCAUGAAGUAGAUCAUGUCCCUGUUGGGAGAGGGGACAAGGUUUUUGUUGACGAGGAAGACCACGUUUCAUUACAUGAAGAUCAUCAGGUCUUUAUUGAUGAAGAAAGGGAGCAAGGGGAGGAGAAGACGGAGGAGGAGGAAGGGUAUGAAGAGGACAGCCACGAAGAAAGUUAUCAAAAGGGCUACGAGGAAGAUUAUGAAGAGGAAGAUUACGAAGAAGACGAGUAUGACCCUAAUGCGAAAGACACUGAUUCAGACUAUGGGAAUGAGCCGAAGCAGCGCGGCGGUCAACGUUGCCUACACAAUGCAUCGUUCAGGGUGCCUGUUCAAUUUGAAGUCAGCAUUGGCAAGUCUUUGAGCGAUCUUCAAACAUCCACCGUCGAGACGAUGUUCCUGCACUUUCCGGAUCGCCAGACCCCCUUCGAGGACACGAUAAAAGCGAUAGGCGCUGCUCUGAACCAGGGAAAGUUCAAGAAUCACGGCCUAUCAGACUACUCUACCGCCGAGGUGCUGAAGGUUCUAGGGAUCUGCGAGCAAAAUGGGUACACCAAGCCCAGUGUUCCCGCAGCUGGUGGUCUUUUCUCGGGACACAAGGCUUCAUCAGGCCGGUGGAAGAGUGACAACUUUAUCGGUAAGAUCUAUACUUAUAUGUACCGGAAACUUCUGGCUGGUCCUCUUCCCGAGGAUCUGGCGGCUGCUAUUACUGCUGUCUACUCCAAAGUGCAGGGUGCCGAGCCUCCUUAUCACCUCUAG